AUGGAACUUGGGAACCAUGUCGAUGUAUCACGCACCAAUUCCGAGGCGCUCUCUAGUCGAGACAGCCCCAUGCCAACGGGAGAGCGCAGACCAACACCGUCUCGGACGCCUCCUGCGCAGACAAAGCCUCCGACCUCCUCGAGGCGACCACCAACCUCCAAAAAGCAGCAGAAGUUGACAGUGCAGCUUAUAACUGACUAUCCAAGAGCCGAAGAAGAGGCACUCCGGACAUUUCAUCGUCUAGAUACCAACUGGCUUCAGAAUAGACAAAUGGCCAAGCCAAAGAUACAAGAAGAUGCGAUGGGCUGCGAGUGUUACUAUAAACCAGGCGACCCGCUUGACCGCGCCUGCGGUCCAAACUCGGAUUGUAUCAAUAGGCUAACUCUAGUCGAAUGCGUUGAAGAAGAAUGCCGCUGUGGUGUAUUUUGUCAGAAUCAACGGUUCCAGAAGAGACAAUACGCGAAUAUACAUGUAGUGAAGACAGAGAAAAAAGGCUACGGUCUUCGAGCAGCCUCGCCCAUCAAACGUGACGAAUUUAUUUAUGAAUACAUUGGCGAGAUCAUCAAUGAAAGGACCCUCGAGAGAAGGAUGGAUAACUACGGAGAUGAAGGGAUCGAACAUUUCUACUUCAUGAUGUUGCAGAAAGGGGAGUUUAUAGACGCUACAAAAAAGGGUGGUUUUGGGCGGUUUGCCAAUCACAGUUGCAAUCCUAAUUGCUAUGUCGCACGAUGGGUCGUAGAUGGAGGGCUCAGAAUGGGCAUAUUUGCGAAGAGGGAUAUCCUCAAAGAUGAAGAGCUCACGUUCAACUACAAUGCCGACCGUUAUGGCCAUGCGGCACAACCUUGUUACUGCGGCGAGCCAAACUGUGUAGGCUUCAUAGGAGGAAAGACUCAGACAGAUGUCGCUGGAAUGGACUGGACGACAAUUGAAGCCUUGGGCAUCGAGGACGAAGUGGAUAACCUUAUUAUGAAAGGAGCCAAGUCGAAAAAAGGGAUGAAGAUCGGAGAAGAUUUCAUGCCGGUCCUCAAGCCCAUGCAAGAAGGGGAUGUACCAAAGGUUUUGAACGCGAUAUCUCAAACAAAUACGCGCGAGAUUCUUAUCAAACUCCUCGAGCGCAUCAAGAUGACAGAAGAAAUCACCGUUCUACGUCAAGUUCUUCGACUAAGGGGAUUAACGGUUAUAUCCUCCACGAUGGACGAGUACAGCGACGACGAUGACGUGCAACUCAUGAUAUUAGAAACAGUCAAACCCUUGCCGCUAAUUAAUCGAACGAAGAUUGAAGACGCCAAAAUCGAGCCUCGUAUUACCAAUAUUACGAAUUCCGCAAAUCCUCGUUUGAAAGGAUUGGCUCAACAGGUUCUCGAUCAAUGGUCAACUCUUGAGAUUGUUUAUCGGAUUCCCAGAAGACUGAAAGCGGAUGUGGUGGAAGAAGAUAUCGCACCCAAAGUGUAUCAAGUGGAGACGGAUUAUGACAACGAACGGCCAACGAAACGUGCACGAUUAGCUGGACCUACCCUCUCCAUCAAGCCUCUAGGGAUUGUAUCCAGCUCCCGAUGGCCGUCAUCCAGCCACAACUCCGGGCGGGAAGAGCCCCUUUCUAGUACAGCAACGCCGCCGCAGACGUCGAUUACACCCUCCCAACCUCCUAAAGACAGCUUGUCCCAGAUCAUACAACAGGCUAUGGAGAAUGCAAAAAAAGCGCAGGCGGACCAAGAAGCACAGAAAGCUGCUGUUGCGGAAGAAGAGCAACGGCUGAAGGAGGUCAAGUUAUUGCGGAAGCAGCAACGAAUCAGAGACAAAGGUAACCGACAAAAGCGUCCGAAGGAUGACAAACCUAUUGGGUCCACAAACAAUCUAAGAGAGGACUCCAGUACUCCCGCCUCCGUCUCCCACGUACCCGAGAUUUCCAACAAAGAAAAGCAGCUUCUCAAGCUUGUCGGUGCAGCCGUUGUUGGCUACCUUUCCCAAUGGAAGUCCCAGUUCGCUUCACCCGACGAUUUCAAGCGGCAUGCGAAAGAGAUUACGGAAAAGAUUGCGGAAUUAGAGAAAAAAGGGAGAACCUACCAAUCAAACGCCAGACUCGAAUCUUUGUCGGAGGAGAAACGUGCAAAAAUCAAGCACUACGUCAAAAGCUAUGUUGGGAAGCUCGGUCUUCAAUCCUCUUUACACUCAAAGGAUCCCAGGAAGCCUCUCAACGAUCGGACUGCUAAACCAAUCCUUGCUGACAGUUCUGCUUCUGCUUACGGGUCCAAUCAAGGUUCACUGGAUUCUCCUAUGGAAGCUGAAACGCACGAGCUGUUGCAAGGAAUGGAUUACCGAGAAACAGAGAUGGAGUCUUUAAUGGAUGGUGUCAUACAUGUGCCUUUAUUCCUUGUCUUGCUUCCCGUACGAGUACUCAUGUGCAAGUUUCCGGUCCUUUAG